UUAGCAUGAAAAACACGGGUUGUCUUACUGGUAUGCCUUUUAGGGAGAAAUAGGAAUCAUCAAGGGCUAGCUGCUGCUAUAAUCAAGCUUUGGGAGAAAAGCUUAGUUGUGAAAAUUGCAGACAAACGUGGUAUUCAGAACACAAACAACAAGCUCAUGGCUGAUGAGUUAAAGAUAUUAACUGGGGGAGUUCCCCUUCUAAGAAACAAAUAUUACUUAAUCAUUUAUAGAGGAAAGGAUUUCCUCCCGCCUAGUGUUGCAGCUGCUUUAGCAGAAAGGCUGGAGAUAACAAAACAGAUGCAAGAUGAUGAAGAGAAAAAGCUGACUGGGCUUGCUGAAGUAGCCACAGCAGCACUGUUGGCUAUUGAAGGCCAUGCUGUUGCCGGUACUUCAGCAGAAUUUUAUGAGGCUCAAGCUCGGUGGGGGAGAGAAGUAGCUGCCGAAGAACAUGAAAGGGUGUUAAAUGAAGCGGCUAGAGCUAAGACCGCCCGAGUAGUUAAACGGCUUGAACAUAAACUUGGGAUUAGUGAUUUUGGUAAUGCGGACAUAAAUACUAGCAAUUUGGAGGAGCUUGGUCAGUUCAAUCGUGUCUCAGGAUUUUCACAAAGUGAAGAUGAAACUUCAUAUCUGGAGUCUGAUGAUGAUGAGGAUGAAGAUUCCGAAUGGGCAAAUGACGAAGAUUCAGAAUACUCAAUUGAUGAGGAUGAUGAAAGGAUAACAACAUUUCAUGGCUAAUUGUUUAUGAGGAGCUGCAUUAUAUCA